GUUAGUAUGGCAUUCUGCCGAAGUCAUCGUGGCGCAUCCCUGUGCUGCUUAUCCAAACGGCGCCAAGGUGGAAUCCUCUUGGAAGUCUUUGCCGCACGGUUGGCAUUUUCGAGUUGAAGUACAUCCAAACGGACGUACGGGGCAUCAGGGGUUUGUGAGUGCCUGGAUCAGAAUCCGCCCACCUGCUGUGAUGGAAAGAACGGAUUGGAUCUUUCCGGAGAUGCAGCGGGUCAGAUUCCUCAUCAAGGGCCUUCGAAAGUCCCACAGCUUGCACAGUUCCCAAGCACCCCCUUGUCCGGUCAGCAAGUCUCACGCAGCCUGCGGCCCGCCACGACUGGUUGAUCAUGACACUGUCCGAAAGAACAACUUGCUCAGAGGUGGCAAACUUCGCAUAGUGGGCGAGGCCGCAUUUCUGCCAGUAAACUCCCCAUGCCGAGAUUUGCCGCCAGAGGUUUUUUCCAAGAAGCCAGAGUUCGUGACUUUCCUUUUGGCCGAUGGGUCGAGUCUUCACUUUGACAAGAGGCUCGUGGUGGAACGUUCGAUACAUUUCGCGAACAUGCUAUCAUCCGAAGCCUGGCUCGAGAGUCGCACCAAUGUCGUCGACCUGCGGAACAACGAGCAAGCUGAUGUGAAGAGCAUGCAGGCAGUGCUUUGCCAUUUCAUGUCGCAGCGGUUUCGCGCGGCUUGCGACGACGACCACGCAUUUUCCGUCCGCAAGCUUGCAGAUCAGUUCUGCCUAGAUGAGUUGGUUCAGGAAGUGGAAUCAGAGCUCGUGCCAAGAGUUUGCAAGGACAACCUGCUCAAGUUUUUGGGUAGAGUCCUUGGCAGCGGAGGAAUCUUGGAGGCCCGGUGCCUGGAGAUGGUGAAAGCCAAUGCUUGCGAAGUCCUCGAGAAGCAUGGAUCUCUGUUGGACCAAGUCGUCGAUGAUAAUCCGGCCCUGGCGAAGUUCUUGAUGCGAGUCAUGCUAAACGCGCUUAGAGCCGGGCGGUCCUGA